UCCAACAGUUGAUUGACAAAAAGAUAAUUAAAGAAGAGAGAAACUUCAUCUUCUUCAAUUUCCCAAGGAUCCAGAUCCAUAUCUCAUGUCAUAAAAGUAAAUCUAAUGUCAAUUAUAAGGAUUUGAAAUUGCCCUUUCUUCACCUGCCUCCUCCUCAUCCUCUCUUCCUUUCUCCAGAACCAUAAGAAGAGGCAUAAAUUUGAUAAGGCAUCAUUGCAUUUAUAAACAUCCUAUAUAAUGCAACAAUUAUCAAUGAUCCAGAUAUGAUAUAUGCAGCAUAAGGAGACAAUGCAGGUCCAGAAUAUUCUUGUGAUAAGGUCUAAUUCAUUCAUUAAAAUAUCUCUUAUUACCAGCAAAUUGAUGCAGUAAAACACACUCAAUGUCAAAAUGAAUAUUAAAAAUAAAAUAAAUAAAAUAAUCUUUGUGAAGAGUAUAGUUUGCAAUAGCUUCUUGAAAAACACAGUCCGCGAUUCCUAUGAAAUAAUAUCAUUUGCUUCCAUAUCUAAAUCAAACUAAGUUGAGGUAGGAAACUAGUGGAAACUUCUUCUGUAGUUCUGUGGUCUUUUCCUCCUGGUUUAUUGACCAAAACUGUGAAUGUAAGAAUACAAAACAGUUCAAUAUUAUCUUGAGGAUUUGCUCCGGUGGUUGGUAAUUUGAACCAUCACAUUUUCAUUCAUUUUUUAUCUUUUCUCUUUGCUUUAUUUUAUUUUUUUCACAUCCACAAAUGUAUGUAUGAUACUACUGCCCUGUAUUCCGUGUAUAAGUAAACUAUUUCUAUAACAAAAAAUUAAAUAAAGCCGAGCUGUUUUCAUAUGAGCUAUAAGUUGUUUUUAUAAGCUAGUUUAGGAAAAUAAGCCGAAACAAGUUUUACAAGUACUUAUGUCUGGUAUAUAAAGUCAAAUAAGCCUAUCCAAACAAAGCCCUGGUAUUAGAAGAGCAGUUUAGCUUACAUCAUCCAAUCACAUUCAUCUUUGUCACGGUAAGGUUCCAUAACAAAUUCAGGGAAGCAAGCAGAACAAAGAAAAGUCACAUGCCACCAACCUUUGAGUACUUCAAACUUGUGCUGAUGCAAGCUUGUACUUUUUUUAACAGACACUACUCAUUGGAAUCUUAAUUUCUUCAAACAAUAAACAACUUGGUAAGUUGCAUAUAAACAACAAACAACUUGGUCCACGUGACUAAAAUAAGUUGGUUGACUUAGACCAGACCAGACUGGCAACCUUUGUCAGUUGACUUCAGUAUAUAUAGUCUGGAGUUGAAGGUACAAUUAUUAACACAACCACAACCACAACCACAAACCUACAUCCCAAUCCAUUUCUGCUAUUUCCCGGUUAACCUUGACAUGGCUGAAACAUUCUUGUUUGAUAUUACUCAUUCACUGUUAGGGAAGCUUGCUUCUUAUGCUUUUGAAGAAGUUGCUCGUGCCUAUGGUGUGUACGACGAUCUACAAGAGAUCAAAGACACUCUGUCAAUUAUCAGAAGUCUUUUGUUAGAUGCGGAGGAGAAGAAGAAUCAGCAGCAUGCUUUGCGUGAAUGGCUAAGGCAGGUUCAAAACAUAUGCUUUGAUGCUGAAGAUGUUUUGGAUGAAUUUAGUUGGCAAGUCAAGCUAAAACAAGCUGAGGAAGUUUCUGGAAGUACUAGGAUGAAGGUACGCCGUUAUGCUUCUUCGUCUAAUCCACUUGCUUUCCGUUUUAAAAUGGCACAUCAAAUUAAAGAUAUUAGAGGUAGAUUGAAUAAAGCGGCAGCUAAUGGAACUGGGUUUGGGCUCGUGGGAAUUGGUGUUGAGCCUGGAAUUGCUGUGCAAAGGAGAGAGAUGACUCAUUCCCAUAUUGAUGCUUCAAGUGUAAUAGGGAGGGAGAAGGACAAGGAAGCAAUUAUCCAGCUUUUGAUGCAACCACAUCCUCACAGUGAAGGUGGUAACAGCCUGUGUGUUAUUCCCAUUGUGGGUAUUGGAGGCCUGGGAAAGACAACACUUGCAAAGUUGGUGUUCAAUGAUACGAGGAUGGAUGAACUUUUCCAAUUGAAGAUGUGGGUGUGUGUUUCUGAUGAUUUUGAUCUCAAGAAGAUCGUUCUUAAAGUCAUCAACUCAGCUUCUGCCGCUUCUACUCUCGAUUCAGCUUCAACUGUUGCUCACCAAGAGAACAUAAGCCACCUUGAAAUUGAGCAGCUACAAAGUCGUCUGAGACGUAAACUUUUUGACAAAAAGUUUUUACUUGUGUUAGAUGAUAUAUGGAAUGAUGAUCGUGUAAAAUGGACUGACUUGAAAGAUUUGUUAAAAGUUGGCACAGCAGGAAGCAAAAUCAUGGCGACAACACGCAGCAACUCAAUUGCUUCGAUGAUGGGUACGGUUCCCUCCUAUGUUUUAAAAGGUCUUUCCACCAAUAAAUGUUUAUCUCUGUUUGUCAAAUGGGCUUUCAAGGAAGGAGAGGAAGAAAAGUAUCCAAAUCUAGUCGAGAUUGGGAAAGAAAUUGUGAAAAAAUGCGCAGGGGUUCCACUUGCUGUGAGAACAUUAGGAAGUUCCUUGUUUUCAAACUUUGAUUUGCACAAGUGGGAAUUUGUAAGAGACGAUGGAUUAUGGAAUUUAAAAAUGAAGAAAGGUGAUGUCCUACCAGCACUACAAUUAAGCUAUGAUCAAAUGCCAUCUUAUUUGAGGCAAUGUUUUUCUUUUUUUUCCCUUUAUCCCAAAGAUUUUACAUUCCAUAGUGAUGAAAUUAUAAAUCUUUUGGCAGCCCUUGGAUUUGUUCAACCCCAAAAUGGAAGUGAUAAGAUAGAGAGGAUUGUAAGAGAGUAUAUGGAUGAAUUAAAUUCAAGAUCAUUUCUCGAGGAUUUCAGAGACUACGGCUACGGUUACAAGUUCAAAGUACAUGAUUUGGUACAUGAUCUUGCAAUAUAUGUUGCGAGAGAGGACUUCUUCGUAAAGGUAAUCUCCGACACUCAAAAUAUACCAGAGCAAGCAAGACAUUUAUCAAUUUUGAAAAAUGUUUCACUUGACCAUGCUUUGUUCCCCAAGUCCAAAAGAGUGAGAAGUAUAUUACAUCCUGUUCAAGGAGUGGGUCUUCAAAGUGAAGAUCUCUUGAAUAAAUGGAUAUUAAGAUACAAAUACAUAGUGUAUUUAGAUUUAAGUAACUCCUCUUUUCACACACUGCCAAAUUCAGUUUCCAAAUUGAAGCACCUGUGUGUUCUCUAUAUUCGACAUAACCACCAAAUCAAAAGACUUCCCCGUUCUAUUUGCAAACUCCGAUGUUUGCAAGUUUUGUCCCUGAUUGGAUGCACAGAACUUGAAACAUUGCCUGAAGGAAUCGAGAAGCUGGCAAGCCUUCGACAACUGUAUAUAACCACAAAACAGUUAGUUCUGUCACUGGAUGAAAUUGCAAGCUUGAAACACCUUCAAGCUUUGAGUUUAUAUCAUUGUGACAAUAUGGAUUUUAUGUUCAUAGGGGCACAAGCACAACUCAAUUCCCUUGAAGCAUUGUAUAUUCGAUCCUGUAAGAGUUUGAAGUCGUUACCGCUUUUUGCUUUCCCAAAAUUGCAAACGCUGUUAAUUGAAGAUUGUCAGAUGUUCAACCUGUCGUUGAACAAUGAAGGACCAAUCCGAAGAUCGAGGAUCAAACAUCUUCAUCUUAAGCGUUUUCCACAGCUUCUGAAUCUGCCUAGAUGGAUUGAAGGUGCAGUAGAUACUUUAGAGACCUUGAGAAUUCGAAAAUUUUCAAAUCUCACGAUGCUUCCUGAGUGUCUAACAUCAAUGGCUAAUCUCAAGAGCCUCUAUAUUGAUUGCUGUCCUCAACUUAUGAGUCUUCCAAGUGACAUGCAUCGUCUCACUGCACUUGAAGAAUUUCGCAUAUAUCGUUCUCCUGAAUUGUGCCGAAAAUGUCGGCCCCCAUCUGGGGAGUACUGUCCCAUGAUUGGUCGCAUCAAGCGAGUUUCUGUCGGAAAACAAUGAUGAAGUCAUCGAACUUGAAGGGCAAGGUAGAUGAUUUGUGGGUUCAGAAGGUCCAGCAUUCAGAAAAGGGAGAGCACACCAGUGGUUGAUGAUGUUGGAGAACAACACUUUUCUUAGGAAGUUUGAUUAUUCUAUUCCAUUCUACAUUCUGAGUAUUCACAAUUCACAAACAUAUUUAUGAAAACUCAGCAUUUGUCAUUUGUUCAAUUUGAAGGUGAUUUAAUUGACUUGUACAAUAAUAUAUUAUGUAAUAAUGUAAAUAUGCACUAAACUUAUUCUUUCCCAAUGAAAGAGUGGAACUGAGCCUAAUGCUGAAUAUCCUCUCCUUUAUAAGCAA